UUACAUAAGUAACCCACAGAACAGUAAUAAAGUAACCUUUAAAUUUAACCUAAAAAUUUACAUUACAGCAUUACACAGAUUACACUUUUGCACCAGGUUUUGAAAUUCAGUUAAAUUCGUAAUACAAAAAUGUCGCAAUUUACUUGCCUUUCAUGUGGAGUGGCGUUUGAAAAUGGGGAGAUCCAAAGGAUGCACUACAAGUCAGACUGGCAUCGUUACAAUCUUAAACGUAAAGUAGCCGAAUUACCACCAGUCACAUCAGAGGACUUCCAACGUCGUGUGCUUCAGCAGAAAACUGAAGAAAAGAAAACACAAUCUCUUCAUUGCGAGCCCUGUCGCAAAAGCUUCACUAAUGAGAAGGCGUUAGAAAACCACAUCAACUCCAAGAAGCACAAAGAAAAUGUUAAAUUAGCCGACGAAACUGGUGACUUCAUAGCUAAACAUAUGGAAAAAGUUGCUCAAGAAGUUGAAUCUGAUGAUUCUGAUGUGGAAGAGGUGAACUCGGAUGAAUGGGAUGAAGAUGUCGAAAAUCCUAUUGAUAAUAAUGACUGCCUCUUUUGUUCACAUCACAGCCGUAGCAUUGUACGUAAUGUUAAGCACAUGACUUCUGUGCAUUCCUUCUUUGUACCCGAUGUUGAAUACUGCAUUGAUUUAAGGGGUCUACUAACAUAUCUUGGCGAAAAAGUUACGCAAGGAUUUAUGUGCUUGUGGUGCAAUGAGAAAGGAAAAUCUUUUCAUUCUGCCGAUGCCGCGCGCAAGCAUAUGAUUGACAAGGGCCACUGCAAAAUGAUUCACGAGGGUGUUGCACUUGCAGAGUAUGCCGAUUUUUACGAUUACUCAUCGUCCUACCCGGACGCGGCCGGUAAGGAUGUCAACCCUGAUGAGGAAGUUGAGGUGGCCGAACUUGAGGAAAACGAUUACCAACUUGUGUUACCGUCGGGAGUGGUAGUCGGUCAUCGAAGUUUGAUGAGGUAUUAUCAACAACACAUAAACCCAGAUCGUCAAGUGGCAGUUAAUCGUAAUACAAAGAAAUUGCAUAAAGUACUAGCUCACUACCGUGCACUCGGAUGGAGUGCUUCGCAACAGGAAGCGGUUGCUAGAAAUGCAAGAGAUAUACACUUUAUGAAACGGAUGCAGUCGAAACUACAAACAAAACUGCAAACUAAAGCAAAUAAGCUACAAACACAUUUUCGACAACAAGUAAAUUUCUAAAGAAAGAAUGUAGUUGAUUUUUUUAUUACUAUGUAUUGUUCUUAAUAAAAGCAAGCAAGCUUUACAGAAUCUGUUA